CCGCCCGAGAGUUUCUUCUCACAAUCCAAUAUCUUACUAGUAGAUAACAAACAAAUAACAAACAACAACAAAGCACAAAACAACUGUCUAAAAUCAUGUCUGAAACCAUUAUCAUUUUCCAAGACGCUGUGGCCGCCGCCCUCAAGCGGUUGGACACGGCAAAAGAAACUCUGGCAUCCAUGGGUAUCGAGGAGACGGAAAUGCAAGCCCUGCACGAUGAAAAGGUAUGCCUCGAGCAUGAAAUUGUUGCCUUGCAGAGCGAAAAGGACAUACUCUCGGCCCAAGUCAAGGCUCUGAGGAAAGAGGUGGCUUCGCUCGUGAGCAGCGAAGAUAUCCAAAUGGAGCUCGAAGACACGCAGCUGGAGGAUACCCAAGUGUCCUUCUUCACCCAGGCGCCCGACGAAACGAAUGACGACGACGACAACGAGGAGGAAGCCGCUAAGGACGACGACGAAGAGGCCAACGACGAAGAACUCGAAGAUACGCCGGUGGAGGAUACCCAAGUAUCCUUCUUCACUCAGGCGCCCAACGAAGCGAAUGACGAUGACGACAACGAGGAGGGAGCUGCCAAGGGCGAGGACGAGGAGGAAGCCGUCAAUGAUGAGGAGGAAGCCGUCAAUGAUGAGGAGGAAGCUGCCAAGGUUGAGGCCGAGGACGAACGCGAAGAGGCCAACGACGAAGAACUCGAAGACGGAGAGGCGAAUAAUGAGCCCAACGGUGAUGAGCCUCGCCACGUGGAUGACAUGGCUGAUGUUCAAUAUAACAACGAGGAACGCGAGCUCGCCAACGAGGAAAACAUGCUGCGGGUCGAGGAAGGAAGUGAUAACGAAGACGAGGACGAAGUCGAGGAAGCUGGCAAAGAUGAAGAAGUACAUGGCCAGGCAGCAGAAAUCUGCAACGCGGAGAUCGCGGACACCCCGCCAAAGGGGCGCAACGAAACGGGAGCUGGCCCCCCCAGCGAAGGUAGCAUGGACAGCCGCGAGGAUGAACCCGAGAACGACCCCACCACCACCCCCGCAGAUGAGACGGUCGAUACUCACACAAUGACGUCGGGAGAGCCGGCAAAGGAAGGAGAGCCAGCAAAGGACGAAGCGCCCGCCCCGGAACAACAGGGCGGCGAAGACGAUAUUGCCCACUCCCAAAUCUCUCAGAUCACAAUGAUGACCGUUGACUGUCACUCUGUCUGCCGCCCAUCCGCAGCAGAAGAUCACAAAGAGGAAGCCCCCGACGAUGAGGACGACGAGGAUGCAGCCCCGAUGUCCCAGAUCACGAUGAUGACCAACGACGCGGUCGCCGCCAACAGCAAGGAAGAAGAGGAAGAAGUCGAGGCAGACGAAGAUGCCCCCCUUUCACAGCUCACGAUGAUGACUGACCUCGUAAUCGAAGCGGCCGGUGCCAACGACGACGAACCGGUAGCAGGAGAAGACAGAGAGGCGGCUGCAUUUGCCUUUGAGAAUGUGUCGGUGGUCGAACGACAGAGCCGUGGUUCUUUGGGCGGUCUUUCGGUUGCGUCCAGGACAACAACAUCUUCUGGGAGGCGACGACGCGCACACAAGGCUUUUGUGUAUUCUCCGAAGAAGUGGCGCCGUAUGAUCCGUACGCAACGCCUCAAAUCCAUCAUCAUCAAGCCCUGAACGCCUCAAAUCAAGGCCCUGAAUGCCCGUUAAUGCCAGUUAAUCAAAACCAGAAUAGUUCACGAUAUUGCACGUAGCCUAA